UGGAUGACCAACAGGAAGCAAGUGCGCCAACUUUCAAAUUCAAAAACUAAAAAAAUGAUAAAAAAAUCAUUUUCAGUCUAUGACAUGACUGUUAUUGUCAUCAGUCUAUUGUCAUAUUUGUUAGACAUAAUAUCGGAUAUCUUUAUAAUAGUAGUUUUCUACUUGGAUGGACAUUAUGUAUGGGGGUCGCUAAGUAUGGCAUUUCUUGCUCUUUCAUCAGUUUCCAUGUUAUUGUUCAGCUUCCGCUGGCACAUUACAGACAAAACCCUCACAUGGAAAAAUUUCUUACCACAUGUAGUUUUCCUAGCACCAUUGCACAGGUAUAUUGAAGUACUACGUUUGGGAUAUAUAUCCAGAAAAACCAAACAGAAAGAUGAUCUUGAUGCUGCUUUGAGGGCCAAUGUGGAUGUAUCACUACUACGACUUAUUGAAGCCUUUACUGAAUCAGCACCACAACUUGUAUUACAGCUCUAUAUUAUGUUAAAGUUCAGUCAUUACAAUUGGCUCAUAGGUGUAUCUACUGUAUUGUCCCUGUCAUCAGUAGCCUUUUCUCUGACGGCCUACAGUGAUGCCCUGAAGAUGGCCUACAAGGAACAUCACACCAGGUCCUGGUUUGGUGUUACUAUAUUGACAUUAUGGCAGUCGUGGAUGUUGUUGUCCAGAGUUACAGCUUUGGUUGUCUUCUCUUUGGUUUUUCAAGCUUGGGUAUUCCUUGGAAUGGGAGUACACUGGAUAUUUAUGACGUUUUGGAUAACCAUGCAGAAUGCAGAAUAUGGAGACUCAGCCUGUGAGAAACGUUUGUUUAAUUCCAUUUCUGGCUUCAUCUAUAUCUUCUGUUUCCUCAACCUAAAAGAAGGUCCAUCAAAAAGUAGAAUGGCAGCGUUUUACUGUUUUAUCCUGGCAGAGAAUACUCUCAUGAUGUUAUUAUGGUUUAUAUAUAAACCAGAGACUACACCAGCAUGGUUAGAGAUUACAAGUUUAUCUCUAGUGUUUGGAGGCUUUGUUUUUGGUGGAGUUUUGAUGAUUGGAUAUUACUGUUGUUGUCAUCCUACUGGUAGAACUGCAGAAACCAAGAAAGAUCUAACAGCAUAUUGGUUUAAAAGAGCAAAUUCUUUACCCGACAGAAAUAGAGAUCCCAUAUUUCCUAUGAACAAUUCUGUGGCACGAGUAGCAGAUUGGCUAAAUGCUUCAAUCAGUCUGAGUACCACAGAAACAAGUAGAUACAGUAACCUUGAUAACAUGUCAUUAAAUCUAUCCUUACCUGAUAUUUUGAAAAAUGGAACAUAUUACAGCAAAACUGAUACACCAGAUUCCAGCAAAAACUUGAAUAAUUCCAGAUACAGUUUUGGCAGGAGAUCAAGAAAUAGAAAUCCUGACUGGAAUGGUACAGUGACAUCUACUAAAUCAUCAUAUCUAAGUACAUCAAGUUCAAGACCUUUGAUCAACUAUUCCCCACCAUCUGUUAGUUAUAUAAGUAAUUCUAAAGACACUUUUUCGUUUUCUAACCACGUUUUAUUAGAUCCAGAAAGGAGUGCUUCCGUUGCUAGUCUAUCUAACUCAGAGAGAGCCUUUGCUCUGACAGGACAGAAUGCCAAAUCUCCUCAACAUGAAGUUGGUAUUGAUGAAGAUAGUUUUUAUGCUCCCCCAGAAUACAAAGCAUCAGCUUGUAACUUAUCUCCAUUAGAUCCUAAGAAAUUAUGGGAUGAAUCUCAGAACCGCCUGAACAAUACAGCCAAUCAAAUCAUACAAAUCAUUACAACAACAAAUCUCAAACGUAGAACAAGCGAGUCACAAAUCACAUGGAGAAAACUGGAUCCUGGGGUCAGUGAUAGCAAUCAAAGUCAGACAAGACAGAAAUAUGACAACAGUCUAAACACAGAUAAUAAACAUUGUGAUAACUUACAGCAAAUAGCUCAUGAGUAUUAUGAAAACAGUAAUCAAAAUGAUUACAAUGGGUCAGGAAGAUCAUUGCAGUCCUCUGAUGAAGAUCUUUUAGAAAGUAGUAACAAAGAAAACAUGACUCCUAAUGAUAAAUCACGGAGGUCGUCACACCGAUCAUCAAGGGAAUAUUCUUCAGUAGACUAUGGAGCAUCCACAUUGUCAAACUUUUUUGGAGAUAUAUCAUCGUUCCAUGUGAACAGUCCAGAAGUUGGGGAAUACUAUAUGUCUUCUGCAUCACAAUCUAAGUUAAAUUCCAUAGAGGAAGACGGAUCUGAGGAUUACAACGAUAGCUUACGAUCUUGGUCGAAGAAAAUGUUAAACAGAAUUCAAAAACAACUACAUGAUGGUACAUCAAGUACAGAGUAUCAUACCUCUGACACCACACCGUCACUUACAAGUAGUUAUGUCCAGGAGGAGAACACUCGAUCGAUCAAUAGUUACGGAACCAGUUUGUCCAGUAAUCACACAUCUCAAUCUAGACUGGAGUCUUCAUCGUCAAACUUUCCUGAAAUGUCAAGCUCAUACAUACACGAUUCAUCUGAAUUGAGAUCUAGAAUGUCCACAAGUGACAUCGGAGAAACAAGUGGCUCAUUAUCUAGUGGUCAUAGAUAUAAUAGGUAUUCUUCUGCAACCGACAAGAGCACGGAUGAUAGCGGUUAUUCAGUAGCUAAAUCACAAUCACUCAAAUGUUUGAAUGGUGAAAAGCUGCAAAAUAGUUUAACAUUUGUAACCAAAUUGGGAAGUGAUGGUGAAUUUUCAACAAAGCUUGGAAGUGAUGGUGAUUUUCCUGAAACAUUCAACAGAACAAAUUCUCACAAACAAUUAGAAAAUGUUGCAUUUGAUGGUAAAAUAACAUCAGAUAUGAAAAAUGCCAAAAGCUUGCCAGGGUUAAGUUAUCUGCUAAGUGAAUCAGAUACAACAUCAUGGAACAGUGACAAAAGUGUCAUCAACAAGACACCAUUACACAAUGAAGAAAGCACUUCGUUCGAAGAUAUAACAUUAGCAGAUGAUAGUGCCACAGUACUCAGAGAGGAUCAUAAAUCUGUUAGAUUCGAAGACCUAACACCUGUUAAAACUCUGCAAAGGAGUUACCUGACUCCUGUUAAAGUGGCAGUAAUGAGCAACUCUCCAUUCCGUCCUGGUAAGAUAAUAAGGGAAGACUUGACACCUGUGAAAUUAGAAAAAUUCAACAAUUCUCCAUCUAGACCAGGAAAAUCUUUACUUAAAAAGUCAUCAUUAAGUAAGCCAUUCCAUAGAUCUAGUCAAGAUUCAACAUUAUCAGUGUCAGAGUUUGAUGAUUCACCACACAGACGUGGACGUAGUAUUGACCUAUUUGACCGUGAACGAUAUAGAAACAGUGUGGCUGACAUAACUGAUGAUGUUUUUACCAAGUCAUCAGACAUAGAAGUCAGAGAAUUAGAAAAUUCUCCUUACAAAUUUAGAUCUAAGGAAAGCUUUGACUUUGAAGAGAGUAAAGAAAAUGUGUAUGGUCCAGAUAGUCAGAGGCGUCAAUCAUCAACAUUCAGCCAACACAAAUACUCUUCUGAACCUAAAAGCAGGAAUGGUUCCAGAUACCUUUCAGAAGUAGAAACAUCUAACAAAACAUACAAUGUUCAAAAGAAUGACAGUUUUACAAACAUUAAACCAAGAACAAUUCUUGAUGAUUUUAAAAAGAAACAUGUACCACGGAAUACACAAAAGAAAGCACCAGCAUACACUAAUGACUUGAGUCUUUACCAAUCAGAGGCUGCCACGAAUCCAUGCUAUGCCUACUCAGACACAGAAUCAGAAGCAGAGAUCAGCAGGAGAUCAAAUAAAGAUCUUACCAAAGAUCAAAGGGUGAGACGUCACUCAAGUCAUUUUCGUACACCUGUCCAGAAUGAUGGAAAGAGACAGGUAUUAAGGAGAUUAGAUAACACACCUGGAUUUUCACCUAUAUUAACAGCUGGUGAUAGACAAAUAAUACAAUCAACCGAAAGUUUAAAUGGUGGAAGUGUGAUUAAACCAAUUGUCAGUACUCCUAAGAUAAAUUCAGAUUUUUACAAAGAGGGACUGAGGUAUAUAGAUGAUAGUCCUGGAACGAUCGAAGUGUGAAAGUUUGUAAAUUUUACAUUGGUGUGCAAUAACUUCUAAGCUAUACAUUUAAAAAUCAUGCAAUAUAAUUUAAUAGUAAUACAUAGAAUGAUAUAUGAAUAUGAUGAAACCUUAAAUAUGAUGUAUAACAUACUAUGUUUAUAUGUGUAUAGACAUGUGCCAUUUUAUUAGGUCAAUACCAAGCAGCAUUUUUAAUUGUGAAUUAUAUACUAUAAUGUACAGAUAAGCAACUUUUUAUGCAAAAAUACAAUGGAAAAUGGUAGAUCUGAAUACCACAUCUACCUCAAACUAUAGUAUUUAGUCCCUUGACUAAAGUUUUUUUAAAUUCUGCCAUCAUACAAAAAUCCAUAUCUAAUUGAUUAUGACUUUUUAAGUCUAGAUAUAUACUUUAGAAAUCCAUAAUGGUCAUAAGUCAUGUAAACUGAAGAUGUAAUUUGUAAAGGUAUUGACAUGAUUGAUAAAUACUGUAAUGUUAACUAUAAAGGGAGAUAACUUUUUUUUUUUUUUAGAGAGAUUUGAGAAAUUGGAACAUAAAUCUCUUAAAACAUUUUUAGACAUAACAUUCUUUUCUAUCUCAUUUAAAAAUCAACUAUAUUACUAAAUGAAAAACUUAUGCAUAACUGUUUUAACCUUUAUUAGAUGUAUCACAUAUUAUCCAAUUGUUUGAUUAGAUAAAUGCAAUCUUAUAUAUACUUACAACAAUCAAAACUUUACUAGUAUAUCUGUGAAUGUUGUUUUGCUAUUUUUCAACAGCCUCUUUCCCUGUUAUUAUAUUUCCACAUUGCUUUCUUGAUGUCUCAAUUUUUUUCUUUUAUUUUGAAUCAGUUAUUAUAUUACUCAUGUUGCUUUUCUUUUGUUUUUAUCUUUUUUUGUCUAAGCUUAAAGUUCACUGUAAAUUGUGCACAAUUUUUAUAUAAUUUUUUACAAUGUCAUUAGUACUUGUAUCUACAUGUAUAUGAACAAUUACUUUGCCUUGGAACUUUUAUAACUAGUGAGUAGUGCUUAGUCAUCAGUUCUAGUGCUUUUUAAGGUCAUUCAAAAGGCAACAAAUUGUGACGUCAUAUUUUUGUAUGGGUUUUUAUUGUCUUUGUUUGCAUAUUGGGUGUAUGUGAAAUUAAAGUUUGAAAAGCUAUGUAGAGUCUAUAUCAGUUCAGCUUCACCUGAGAACACAACCAAACUAAAAAGCAAGAGAGAUACUUGCUGUAAUUUUUUUUUAUACCAUUUUUUUUCAAUUGAGAAAAAAAUCCAUUUUCAUGGUUUGAAAAUUUCUGCUUGAGUCCAAAAGGAAAUACCAAAUUUUGUUGGACAAUGGAAUUUACUUUUACCUCCUGUGAAAAUUAUUGUCCAAUGAGUAAUAAAAAAUCCUCAGUAACUUUUCUCGGAUGAGAUUCCUUACUUGGGACAGGUACAUUACCAAAUGGCAGGGUAUAACUGUUUUUUAAAAUACUCAACCCUCUCUAUUUUUAUUUUUAUGUGUGUAAGAUAGAAGUUAGUUCAGAAAAGACCAUAUAAAUCAACAAUUUGAUUCAUUGGCAUAAAGGCAAAGAAGUUUCAUUACUAUGCUAAUAGUGAACAGAUGGUCACAGCUGUUAUAUUUUAGAUGGUUAUUGGGCUCAAUAUAUGGUCGUAACUAUAUGCAUCACUUGGAUCAUGGUGUGAGUUCUUUAUGGCAUCAAUAUAUUUAUAUUUUCCCAACCAUGCUUGUUCAAAUUUAAAGUAUUGGGUACUUGAAAUUUUACUUUGUACAAUUAUAAUAAAACCUUUUUUUUAUGCACCUUUCAAUCAUUAUAAUUUUUUGGGAUACUAAUUUUCGUUGAUUUCGUCGGUAUGUCAACCAAGAAUUAACAUGUUCAAGAAGUACAAAUUGCCUAUAUGCUAGUAUGCAGUCCUAGGCAAGUCCAUGAGAUCAAGUAUCCAUGAAAUAGGCAAGUGAAAAAACUAAGUGAAUUAAGUUUUUUAUCCUUCAUUGAACUUUUGAUGUCGUCUCUAAAUGAAUCCACAUUAGUUAAUACAUGUAUUUUUUAUUUUAAAUACAGAAUGUUUUGUUUAUUUGAGGUAAUGGUUGAAUCUCUUUCUCUGUUUACAUUAUUGUAAUUUUCAUUUUUAUCCAAGACAUGAAGAUUAAAUAUAAAUGUGCUAAACUAACUUAUAUGAGCAAUGAAUGUGAAGUAAUAUCAUAAAUAUUAUUUUUAGUACUUUAUGUAUUGUGUGACAUGUAUACAAACCUAUCAUAUGAUAUGGAAAUUGAAUGUUAAGGUUAAGAUAUUGUAGUUAUACAUGUUAUAUGUCAUUUUCUAAACAUCUACAUUAAUUUCACGACAUGUUUAUACAAGUUCUCAGAAUUAUAACGGUAUACUAUUCUUAGCAUCCAUGUUUAUCUAGGUUUCCACUUUCAUGACCAUCACCAUUUCUCAUUGACCCCUUAUUUUUAAAAGUGUUUUCUUGAUUUUGAUACACAAGUUUUACUUUCAUGAUUAUUUUCAUUAAGUUUCACAUCAUUCUUAGGUUCUUGGAUACAGCAUUUUAUGUAAAAAGAUGUGUCUAGCAUCGCUCUCAUCUUCUAAUGAUAAUCACUUAAUAAAAGAAAUACACAUAUAAAAAAGAAGAUGUGUUAUGAUUGCCAAUGAGACAACUAUCCACAAAAGACCAAAAUGACACAGACAUUAACAACUAUAGGUCACCGCACUGCCUUCAACAAUGAGCAAAGCCCAUACCGCAUAGUCACCUAUAAAAGGCCCCGAUAAAACAAUGUAAUAUUCAAACGAGAAAACUAACAGCCUUAUUUAAUGUUAUUUUCAGCAAUAUUAAUACUUUUGAUGUGCAUUAAUUUAUGAGCUAGAGCAAAUUAUUGUUCAAAGAAUGUGUGAUAGGAGAUUAAUUAUCCAAUCUCAUCAUGUCAAUACUUCAGACACAUACAAUAUCAUUUAUAAGAUUAGAAACUCAUACAAUCUCAUCAUGUCAAUACUUCAGACACAUACAAUAUCAUUUAUAAGAUUAGAAACUCAUACAAUCUCAUCAUGUCAAUACUUCAGACACAUACAAUAUCAUUUAUAAGAUUAGAAACUCAUACAAUCUCAUCAUGUCAAUACUUCAGACACAUACAAUAUCAUUUAUAAGAUUAGAAACUCAUACAAUUUUAUCUUGUGACUAUCAUCAUAUACAAAUAUAUACACUAAUAGUCUGAAAGUCUAACUCAAACCUCUUCAGAAUUGAAAUCCCUUGAAACCACCAGAGUUAAUAUUUAAUGUUUUAUACUAUAACAACAUUUUUUGUGUUCUUAAUAUUGAAAUCAUGAGUUUGUAUUAUAAAUGGUCCAGGGAAUUCUUAGAUAUUUUAUGGUCCUGGGAAUUAUUAUAUAUAUAUUGUGAGUCUAUUGUAACUUGUAGUAUUAAUAAAUGUAAUUACUGCUGUA